AUGGGCAAAGAUACUGGACGUCACCGGCGGGGCUGCUGUCUCGCUAUCGGCUACGGUGUGGACCGUGUCAAACAGGCAAUUGUUUCGCAGCUUGACCAAGUGGAAUACUGCUACCUAGAAUUCUUGCCAAAUGCCCCAGCGAUUCAGCUUGCAGAUCUCCUAGUCGAGUCGACGGGAGGGAAGCUGUCUCGGGCCUGCAUUCUUGGAUCCGGUGACAUACUACCUCUCCCUUCUUUGCAUUCCUUGCGUGAGGUAUGA